GCUUGCUUCGUUUUCCUUUUCUUGCUGACGUGCGUUUCCUUGGUUGCCUUGCCUUUCUUGCGUCUUGCUUCGUCUUCUUCAAUGCGUGUGCAUUUCCGUCGUCCAGUGCGCCGCCACUUGCCUCAACACCCACCACCAGAAACAGAUCAUCACGAUUCUCCGCCAACUUCACCGCCGCUUGUCUUCCAUCAUCAUGGCCAACGUCACUCGCCUUCACGCUCGCCAGAUCUUCGACUCGCGUGGCAACCCCACCGUCGAGGUUGAGCUUACCACCGCCCAGGGCACGUUCCGCGCUGCUGUGCCGUCUGGUGCCUCGACGGGCAUCCACGAGGCCCUCGAGCUCCGCGACAAGACGGAGCAGUACCACGGCAAGGGCGUGCAGAAGGCCGUGGACAAUGUCAACAAGGUCAUCGCCCCCGCCGUGAUUGAGAAGAAGCUGGACGUUGCGGACCAGAAGGCCUUUGACACCUUCCUGCUCGAGCUCGACGGCACGGAGAACAAGAGCAAGCUUGGCGCCAACGCCAUCCUCGGCGUCUCCAUGGCCGCCACCAAGGCCGCUGCCGCCGCAAAGGGCGUCCCGCUCUACCGCCACAUUGCCGACCUCGCCGGCAACAAGGACGUCGUCCUCCCCGUGCCCUCGUUCAACGUGAUCAACGGCGGGUCGCAUGCGGGCAACCGGCUUGCGAUGCAGGAGUUUAUGAUCCUGCCCGUCGGUGCGUCGUCCUUCACAGAGGCCAUGCGCAUGGGCUCGGAGACCUACCACCACCUGAAGAAGGUCAUCAAGGCCAAGUACGGGCAGGACGCGUGCAACGUCGGCGACGAGGGCGGCUUUGCCCCCGGCAUCCAGGACAACAAGGAGGGCCUGGACCUCCUCAUGCAGGCCAUUGAGCAGGCCGGGUACACGGGCAAGAUCAAGAUUGCCAUGGACUGCGCCGCGUCGGAGUUUUACAAGGACGGCAAGUACGACCUCGACUUCAAGAACGCAGACUCCAAGCCCGAGGAGUACCUCUCCUCGCAGCAGCUGACGGACCUGUACAAGUCGUUUAUCGGGGAGUACCCGAUUGUGUCCAUCGAGGACUCGCACGACCAGGACGACUGGGAGGGCUGGGCCACGCUCACGGGCACCACGGACAUCCAGAUUGUCGGCGACGACCUCACAGUGACCAACCCCAAGCGCAUCGCCACCGCCGUCGAGAAGAAGGCGUGCAACGGCCUCCUGCUCAAGGUGAACCAGAUUGGCAGCAUCACGGAGGCCAUUGAGGCGUGCAAGCUCGCCCAGAGCAGCGGCUGGGGCGUCAUGGUCAGCCACCGCUCCGGCGAGACGGAGGACACGUUCAUUGCCGACCUCGUCGUGGGUCUGGCCACGGGCCAGAUCAAGACGGGCGCCCCCUGCCGCUCGGAGCGCCUGGCAAAGUACAACCAGCUGCUGCGCAUUGAGGAGGAGCUGGGUGACAAGGCGCGCUACGCCGGCGAGAACUUUCGCCACGCCGUCAAGCUCGUGCAGUGAUGCGAACGUGAUGCAACAUGGACAUGAUGCGGCAUGAUCACACCGCACGCGCUGCUGUUUGGUCGCGACGAUGGGUGUCGCUGGCCACAACCAGCGCCCCUGCGCCCGCGCUUCUUCCUCUCCCUCAUACCUGGCCUUUGCUUUGUUUUGUCUCGUUUUGUUUUCACGGUUUGUUGUGUUUUGCGUCCUGUCACACAUCACAUCACGCCUUGGAUCGCGUUAAUCAUUCCACCUCCUGUCUGCUGUCACCACUGGCGUGUGUGCGAGAACGAACGCUGCGCAUGGCAAGUAAACAGCAUGAUGGCCGCAUCUGCUCGACUCUUCAUGAAUUGCUCGUGUCAAGCCGACACAGUGGCAACGAGAGAGAGAAAGAAUGUGUGUG